UCUGCUGAAAAAUCGACAAAUAUUUGGAAGACUUUUUAAAAAGAAGCUGCUGAAACUUUUGGUGAGUUGUGCUGUUGUAAUAAUUCAAUACCAAAUGGCAGAACAAGUUAUUUUUGAAAGUUUCCUGAGUUGCCAUGUGUGUUCAGAGACUUUCAGAGAUCCUGUGUCUCUGAGCUGCAACCACAGCUUCUGUUCAAGUUGCCUGAAGAAAUUCUGGGAACAAACUGGAAACAAGAACUGUCCCAUCUGUAAACAAUUGUCAAAGGAGGAUAUGUCCAUUGAUUUCUCCCUCAAAGAACUCACUGAUUCGUUUGCGGAGAAACAGAAGGAAGCUUCAACUGAGAUGGAUAAAAAGAAGAAGAAAGAGAAGGAGGUGGUGUGUGAGAAACACUCCGAGGUUCCUUACUGGUUCUGUAAAGACGAGCAGAGAGCUGUGUGUCCUGUCUGUGAGUUUUCUCUCCACCAGAGUCACAAAGUGGUUCCUAUAGAACAAGCAGUCAGUGAGCUGAAGGAGCAGCUGAAAUCUGACUUAAAGUCUCUGCAGGACAAGAGGAACAAACACAAACAAGUGGAGAAAACAUACAAUGAUGUGAUUCAACACUCCAAGAAGCAGGUGUUGUCCACAGAGAGACAGAUCAGAGCAGAGUUCAACAAGCUCCACCAGUUCCUGAGAGAGGAAGAGGAGUCCAGACUGGCAGCUCUGAGGGAGGAAGAGGAGCAGAAGAGGAAGACUAUCAUGAGAGAGAUGAAGAGGUUUGAGGAUCAGAUCUCCUCUCUGUCAGACAGCAUCUCUGCUGUUGAAGAAGAGCUGCAGAAAGACAACGUGUCGUUCCUCAGCAGUUAUGAAGCCACCCAGAGCAGAGUCAGAGGUCAGAGAUCACUGCCAGAUCCACAGCUGGUCUCAGGAGCUCUGAUCGAUGUAGCCAAACACCUGGGCAACCUGUCCUUCAGAGUCUGGGAGAAGAUGAAGGACGAGGUCCACUUCAGUCCCGUCGUUCUGGACCCAAACACUGCUAAUGGAUGGAUCCAUCUGUCUGAUGAUCUGACCGGUGUGAGACGUGGAGACACAGAGCAGCAGCUUCCUGAUAAUCCAGAGAGAAACACCAGGCACUGCAAUGUUUUUGGUUCUGAGGGCUUCAAGUCAGGGAAACACAGCUGGGAUGUGGAGGUGACAGAUUAUCCUCACUGGACUGUUGGAUUGGUUAAAGAGUCUGUUGACAGGAAGGGAGAGUUCAAGGAUGCUGUUACAUAUGGAAUCUGGUGUUUAUCUUAUUUUGAAGGAAAAUACAGUAAUGGUGGUAAGAUUCUCAGAGUGAAUAAGAGUCUCCAAAGGAUCAGAAUCCAUCUGGACUAUGACAAGGGGGACGUUUCCUUUUACGACUCUGAAGACUCGACUCUCAUCUACACUCACAGAGACACUUUCACUGAGAAACUCUUCCCGUACUUUAAUGUUGGAAAAGCUGCUGAUACCAAAAUGUGUGACGUCAAAAUUUGUCAGAUUAGAAUUUUGGUUGAAGUCUAAACUUGUAUUUUUCAGUUCUCUGAAGUACUUUGCCUUUUCAUGUUAUUAUUUGCAGUCAGACCAACUUUCUAUUUUAAAUCCUUGAUAAACAAGCUGGAACCCCAAACUGCAUCUGUCUGACAAUCCGACCAGAGUGAGAUGUGAAGACUAUUACCUGCAGCUUCCUGAAAAUCCAGAGAGAAACACUAACUACCCGACUGUUUUUGGUUCUGAAGGCUUCAGCUCAGGAAAACACAUCUAGGAUGUGGAGGUGGGAUAUUAUCCUGAGUGGAUCAUCAGUUUGGUUAAGGAGUCUGUUGACAGGAAGGACUACUAUGGUUCUUCACCCAAAUAUAGUGUGUGGAGUCUGUAGCCUGGCAGUGGGAAGUACGCCAACAGCGAAGGUGAGGUUGUCUCACAUAAGAAAGAUUUUUAGAAGAUCAGCGUCCUUCUACGACCCUGAAGACAUGACUCUGAUCUGCUCCUAUAGAUCACCUUCACUGAGAAACUCUUACCCUACUUCAGCAUCGCACAUUUUGGAAAUUCUGAACCCACUAACGUUAAAAUCAGCAAAUUAAACGCCGCUUCAGUAAAAUAAAUGUUGUAGAAGGGAAAAUGCAGAAAACAGCAAAAAGAACAAGGAAAAACAGGCAAAUAAUUGGAUUUAUAUGAUUUAUCUGAUGCACCCUGAUUCACUUUAGUUAUGCUAAAUGUUGGAUUUUAUGUGUGGAGUUUGUCAUAGAAUUAGUGUUUGGUUUUUCAUCUUAUGGUAAAUUUUCUCUUGUCUAUGCUCAAUUUAAUCAUACUGUUUCACGCUUUCACUGAAUUCAGUCCCAGAGGUGCCAAAUGUAAAGAAAAAUAAAUGUAGUUUAUAAACUUUUAGUUGACUUGUCAAAUCUAAUUUUAAUAAACACCUUGUCCAUUUUUUUCUAUUAUUAUUUUACAUAAAUCAGUGUUUAGACAUCUACUUCAGGUUUUUAAAGAUAACACGGAAUAGCUCAAACAGUUGCUCUUUCUAAAUCCCAGCAUGUGAUUGGUUAAACUGGACAGGAAGUCCAGUGAAGACAAAAUUAUUUUGACUUGAUCACUUUAAGCAACAGCAGCUGAUCUUAAAAUGAAAUGAAACCUAUUAUUAAUAUAAUGAAUGCAUUUAUUGAUAUAUUUAUGUAAUUAUACAUUUAAUACCCUAUGUAAGAAUUUAUUAUAACUUUAAAACAAAUAUUGACACAAAGCAAUGAUUUAAACACAACUUUUUAUUUAAUUGUGGCACUUUUGUACCUCCGUACUUUGGUUUUAAAUUUCUUCAUUACUUGUAAAUUAUUUUUAUAGUGUAUAUUUAAGCUAGUAAUCAGGUUGUAAUGUGAUUGUGAUCCAUUAAAAAUUUAUGGAGGCACUAAAGCAUUUACUGUUAGUUCAAAUACAAUGUUAAAUUCUGUGAAAAUUAUUUAUUUAAAAAAAAAA